AUGUGGCCGUACCUCUUGCUGGCGGUGCUGGCCUGGGUGCUGGGCUGGCUGGUGCGGGACCGGCGGCGGCUGCCGUGCGUGCAGGACAAGCACGUCUUCAUCACCGGCUGUGACAGCGGCUUCAGCAACCUGCUGGCGCGGCGGCUGGCCCGGCGCGGCUACCGCGUGCUGGCCGCCUGCCUGACCCCCCAGGGGGCCGAGGGGCUGCAGCGGGGCUGCGCCGGGCACCUCCGCACCACCCUGCUGGACGUCACCCGCUCCGACAGCAUCCACCGCGCUGCCGAGUGGGUGCGGGAGGAGGUGGGCGAGAAAGGGCUCUUUGGGCUGGUGAACAACGCGGGGGUGGCCAACCCCAUCGGCCCCACGGAGUGGAUGCGGAUCGAGGACUACCGGCAGGUGAUGGCCGUCAACACCUUCGGGGCCAUCGAGGUGACGCUGGCGCUGCUGCCGCUGCUGAAGCGGGCGCGGGGCCGCGUGGUGAACACCUCCAGCGUGCUCGGCCGCCUCUCCGCCAACGGCGGCGGCUACUGCCUCUCCAAGUACUGCAUCGAGGCCUUCUCAGACAGCCUGCGGCGCGACAUGCGGCACUUCGGGGUGAAGGUGAGUAUCGUGGAGCCCGGCUUCUUCAGGACGGCCGUCACCGACCUGGGGGGCAUCGAGGCGGCCCUGCGGCGGCUCUGGGAGCGCCUGGGCCCCGAGACGCAGCUCAGCUAUGGCGAGGAUUUCUUCCACAAGUAUCUGAAGGUGCAGCGGCUCAUCAUGAACGUCAUCUGCGACGCGGACCUGGGCAAGGUGACCGCCUGCAUGGAGCACGCCCUGGGCGCCCGGCACCCGCGCACCCGCUACAGCGCGGGCUGGGACGCCAAGCUUCUCUGGCUGCCCGCCUCCUACCUGCCUGCCUGCGUCGUCGACUUGGCCCUGGCCCUCAUCCUGCCCAAGCCGGCGCACUGCCAGCGCUAG